CACAUGUCGUGACUGGUUACUGAAAUGUAAUUGUUAUUUAUACUUGCACGUAGUAUUGUGAGCUGUAGCCUCUUAAUAGGUUAACCAAAGCGACGUUCAUCAGAGUGUGACAGUUGAGAUUGAAUAAUACGUGAGUUUAUCACAAUUGAAACGAAGAUGAAUACGCCACAAUCAAAUAAGAAGAAUAAGAAAGUAGGGAGAAACAGAAUAGGCAUACCCAAUGAAAGUGCGAGUCCUACAAACACAGAGACACUCAGUAGCCAGGAGGCAGCAAAAUAUGUUUUGGUAAAUCCUAUAGGAGAAGAUGGAAAUAAAUCAAUUAAGUUGGCUAUCUUAGACGCAAUUCCUAUAAUUUCUAUGGAUUCAAGUAUGUUUGAUGAGAAAAUGCAGAAAAGUAAUGCAGCAUCACUAGAAAAAGAAAAAGAAGAUAAGAACAUUCUUAAUACUUUACCUAUUGCUUUUGUUAAGGCAAUAGAAGGCUAUGAGAGUCAAUUAGGAGAGGCUAAGCCACUUCCAAAUUCUUAUAUUAGAUUUAUGGAGCGUAGUGGUGAAGAACUCGAUGGAGAAGUAGAAUAUGAUUUAGAUGAAGAAGACAAUGCAUGGCUUUCUAUUGUUAAUGAAAGAAGAUUGGCUUCUGGAUUAACACCCGCAUUGGAACCUGAUACAUUUGAGCUGUUGAUGGACAGACUAGAAAAAGAAUCAUAUUUCCAGCAACAAACUAAUGGCGGAGGAGGUACUGCUGCAGAUGAAGAUGCAGUAUGUUGCAUUUGCAUGGACGGAGAGUGUCAGAAUAGUAACGCAAUUCUGUUUUGUGAUAUGUGCAAUCUUGCUGUUCAUCAAGAUUGUUAUGGUGUACCAUAUAUACCUGAAGGACAAUGGUUGUGUAGAAGAUGCCUACAAAGUCCAUCCAGGGCAGUAGAUUGCAUCCUCUGUCCGAACAGAGGCGGUGCUUUCAAACAGACUGAUCGUCCUGCGACAUGGGCUCAUGUAGUAUGCGCUUUAUGGGUACCAGAAGUAAGAUUUGCUAACACUGUAUUUUUGGAACCCAUCGACAGUAUAGAGAGUAUACCACAAGCUCGUUGGAAGCUUAUGUGCUACAUAUGCAAGCGCAAAGGAGCUGGCGCGUGCAUUCAGUGUCAUAAGAGCAACUGUUACUCAGCAUUCCAUGUGACUUGUGCUCAGCAAGCUGGUCUAUGUAUGCGUAUGAGAACGGUACAGCCAACUAAUGGUGAACCAAUGUUGGUGCAAAAAACAGCUUUCUGUGAAACACAUACACCGCCCGAUUAUCAGCCUUCUACGAAUCCUGUGGACGCGCGAAGGAGAGCGAUAGCUAACAAGAAGAGUACAUCAGCGCCUGUUAUUUCCAUUCCAACCAUACCACCCGAGAGAAUCAGAGAAAUUGCUAGUUUAGCGGAAGGGAUACCAAAAAGAAGCCAAUUAAUACAACGUCUUAUUGCUUAUUGGACACUGAAACGACAAUAUAGAAACGGUGUUCCACUUCUUAGAAGAUUGCAAAGUUCUCAUCCACAAUCUAGACCACCUCCACUUGGAGAACAUCCCUCUUCGCCGACGCAUGAUGGUGAAUUGCGAGGAGAAUUGUAUCGUCAUCUUAAAUAUUGGCAGUGUCUACGUCAAGAUUUGGAACGUGCACGAUUGCUAUGUGAAUUAGUACGGAAGCGUGAAAAAUUAAAAAAAGAAUUAUUCAAAGUAAAGGAGAAAUGUUUAUGGCUUCAAUUGCGACCAUUUGAAAGUGUUUUACGUACAUUGUUAGAAGCUAUAAAGGCGAAAGAUACAAAUGAUGUAUUUGGGCAACCAGUUAAUAUCAAAGAAGUCCCAGAUUAUCUCGAAAUAGUAUCACAUCCUAUGGAUCUCUCUACUAUGCAGGCAAAAUUAGAAAAGCAUGAAUACCACUCACUUUCGGCUUUGGAGACCGAUUUCAAUUUAAUGGUGAGCAAUUGCCUAGCAUAUAAUCGCAAAGAUACCAUGUUUUAUCGAGCAGGAAUGAAAAUGAAAGAACAAGGUGGAGCUUUGAUAGAACAGACUCGCAAAGACUUUCCUGAGGUUAAUCCAGCCUCUGAACCCGAACAAGUCGGUUCUAAAUCUAGAAAGAGAGAAAGAUCGAAUCGUAAUCGUGUGGAAACAGAAUCACAGUCCAAUGAGAAGGAAAUUGGCGGGGGGGUAAAUAGGAGAACAGCAGUAUUGUUCACUCGCAAAGCUAGAGCCCGUAAUGCUAAAAGCAGUCAAAUGUUUCUUCCAGAAGAUGAUAAAAAGAAACAAAGUGAUAGUUUUAAAAUAUAUAGGAGUGGAACAAUGGAUAGUGAUGUGGGUGAAGGAGAAAGUCAAUCAUCGAGUUGUAGUAGCUGUCCCACAAGUAGAUCCACCUCUCCUGAUCCAGAAGAGCAGAAACAACGACAAGAGAAUACCGAUACAAAAAAAGAAAACGAAACUAAACAAACGAGUACUGGUAGUGGCUUAGAAGCUUUGCAGCUCGUAUGGGCUAAAUGUCGUGGAUAUCCUUGGUAUCCAGCUUUAAUCAUUGAUCCUAAUACACCUCGAGGCACUAUACAUAAAGGGGUGCCGAUUCCAGCACCACCUGAUGAUGUUCUGGCGCUUGCAGAUAAUUAUAAAGAACCAGUUUUUCUUGUGCUUUUCUUUGAUACAAAGCGCACAUGGCAAUGGUUACCAGGUGAGAAAUUAGAAAAACUUGGCGUAUCACACGAAGUGGACGAAGCAAAAUUAAUCGAAUCACGUAAACCUACGGACAGAAAAGCCGUAAAGAAAGCUUAUCAAGAAGCUUUACAUUAUCGCAAACAAACACAUAACGCGGUAGUAGACAGUACAUCCACUGGAUAAAUAUUGUAAAUACAAUAGAGAAUAAAAUAUGUAAGUAUAAUCUGAAAAUUUUUUA